AUGAGAGCCAUCACUAUAAUUGUCCUUGUGCUCCUCUCUGCUCUGCUUCUGGUCUCAGGGUUUGCUUCAGCGACUGAUCCCGAGAAGAGGGUGAAGGAAUGCAAACACCAGUGCAAGCAGCACAAGGGUUACACCGAGCAAGAGAGGGAGAUUUGCCGGAGCCAGUGCGAGAAGGAGUUCGAAGAAGGCGGCGGUGGCCGGAGACACGAGGAUCCGGAGAAGAGGCUGAGGGAGUGCAGGGAGAGCUGCCCGGAAGGUCGAGGACAGACGAGGGCUCUGUGCCGAUUCCGGUGCCAGCAGAAGUACGGCCAGGGGAAGGGUGAUGUUGAUGGCGGGAAGUAUUACUAUGAUGUAGAAGAGGAAGAGAAGGAAGAGAUGUUUGGAGAAGGUGGGGAAAGGGAAGAGUCUCCUUAUGUUUUCAAGGACGAGCAUUUCCUGACGAAAGCUCGGAGCCAGCACGGAAGGGUCGAUAUCCUCCAGAGGUUCACUGAGAAAUCAGAGCUUCUGAAAGGGAUCGAGAAUUACAGGAUCGGUGUUCUUGAAGCUAAUCCGCAGACUUUCGUUAACCCCGGCCACUUCGAUGCAGAUGGUGUUCUCUUUGUAGCACAAGGAAGAGGGACGUUUACAAUUAUACGGGAGAACAGAGGGCGAACGACUUCCAGGAGCGAGAUCAAGAGGCACAGCUUCAACAUUGAGACUGGAGAUGUGAUUAGGGUUCAUGCUGGAACUCCUGCAUACAUUGUGAACAAGCACGAAAGCCAGAAGCUAGUGAUCAUCAAUUUCAUUCGACCCGUCAACGCUCCUGGAACAUUCGAGGCAUUCCACGGGGCAGGUGGCGAGAACCCGGAAUCUUUCUUCAGAGCAUUUAGUCCUGAGCUGCUUGCAGCUGCUUUUAAGGUUGAUAGGGAGAGUCUGCAGAGGAUCUUCCAACAACAACAGGAAGGAACGAUCAUGAAAGCAUCCAAGGAGCAAAUCAGGGCUUUGACCCAUGGGGAGGAAGGUGGAGGAAUUUGGCCAUUCGGCGGCGAAUCGAGCGGUCCAUUCAAUCUCCUCCAUAGGCGCCCUGUUCAGAGGAACAAGUAUGGCCAGCUGUUCGAAGCAGACCCCAACGAAUUCGAGCAGCUCGAAGAUCUCGACCUCAUGGUCUCCUUUGCCAACAUCACUCAAGGAGCAAUGGCUGGACCAUUCUACAACUCGAAGGCCACGAAGAUCGCUUACGUGGUGGACGGUGAAGGCUACUUCGAGAUGGCUUGCCCUCACGUUUCCAGCACCAGGAAGGGAAGGAGGGGACAGAGCGGCCGCACCGAGGGUUCGCGCGAGGGCCCGAGUUACGGGCAAGUGAAGUCCCGGCUGAGGAGAGGCAUGGUGUUCAUAGUCCCCGCGGGCCACCCCGUGGCGACGGUGGCAUCGACUAGCAGCAACCUCCAGGUCCUGUGCUUCGAGGUGAAUGCGCAGGACAACUUCAAGUUCCAGCUUGCAGGGAAGAACAACGUGAUGAGCAAGAUGGAGAGCGAGGCGUUGGAGCUAGGGUUUGGGGUUCCGGCUCGGGAAGUGGAGAAGAUUUUCGGGAAUCAGAAUGAAGAGUUCUUCUUCCCCGGUCCAGAGAUGCAGCAGCAGCGCAAGAGAGGUUAUAGUGAUGUGUAGGGCUGUUGAAAGGGUUAAGAAGAGAGGUGAAAUGUUUCGAGUGGAAAGUGUGUAAAUUGUGAAGAGAGAAUAAGAACAAAUCCCAUGCGUGUUGAGAGAAUAAUAAGCUUUUCAUCCUCUUGCUGUUUUCUGUAAUGUUCGCAUGUCGUCUCUCCUGCUUCCUACUGUGAAAAUUUUAAGUGUACCGCUGACCAUAAUGAAAACU